UGUAAGAACCAAUCGAGUAUUCCCCUGUUACAGUCGAACGAGAGGGAAAUGCUCUGUAGUUGGUUGAUUUUUACAUUUUGAUUCGGUUUAAACCCUCGGCGGAAACUAGACCAAAGUCGAAUAUUCUCCUCCCAUUUGACUAUAAGAAGAGAAUAUUCAAAGGUGAUUGGUCAAUUUUUGAUUACGUCAUACGGCACACGGUUACGGUAAUGAACAGAGACGAGGUCUGUGGCUAAACCAGUGUACACUUUUGGAACUUAAAGUGAAAUAGGUGUAUGUUUGAUAUUUGUCAAAAGCGAGAAAGAGACUUCUAAAGCAGUCUAGUGCAAGAAGAGAAAACAGAUCGAAUGGCAACCGGGAAAUCUCACUUAUGCAUAAUAUAUACGUAAACGUCAAAAACGUCAAAAGUAUGUGAUCUAAAAUGACAACACAUGUCCGCGAACUGAAUCUUUUGCGAAUUAUCGUUGUCUUGUUCCUGUGUAUACUUCGUGUGCAGAUUUGUGCGGCAAUCGAAGCCGAGAUCGAUUUUGAUGUAGAAGGAAAUGGGUUUCAUAGAACGUUGAUUUUUCGGAUACACUUCAAGAAUCUUACCCAGGAUGGCUGUCAAGCUGCUAUUUACGUGGAAUUACCAUCAGCAUUGUACGUCAAUACAGACGAAAUAGCAGAAAUGAGAAGAAGAGGAACGAAUACCAUAUGCUCCGUUGGCGAGACCGACGUCGAAUUAUUUGCAGAGAAGGCUGGUCAGCAGAACGUGACAACUUGCGCAUCCAUAAGUUCGUCAUCCUCUAGUUUAACAAUUCCCGUUCACCAACGUUAUCAAUAUGCACAUGAAACAGGCGGUUAUGUUAAUGUAACUUUGCUUGAAAUGAAGCUGCUGCUGGGAUGUCGGAAGAGGAUCAGAGAUCACAGGGUAUCUAAAAUAGAUUUAUGUGAACCAUGUGUCGGACUAAUGGCCAAAUGGCGUGAGAUUCCAUAUCGUAUGUUGAACAAUCGCAACUACGUUUGGCGGAUAUCAAUUGGCGACUCUUCUCUCUCGCUCUUUGUUACUUGUGCCACAUUAGUGACAACGAUUAUCGGUGCGAUAUUUAUUGGGCAUGCCAUUUGGAUCAAUGCAUUGCAAAGUCAUCCGAAAGAAGACUGAGCUAAUGAAGAAUGUAAAUAUAUAAGCAGUUUUGUAUGAGUAUGUAUCAAAUUUUUAUCAAUGAAUGUUUUACAAUUAGAUUUCAUAUACUGAAUCUCUCUUCUUAUAUAAGACAUAUAUUAUACAGAUAUCCAUCUUUCUAUUUAUA